UUUCUGCCUUACAAAUUGCCUUUUUCUGUGCUUUAAAAACAGAACAACAGUAGUAGCUUUAGCUUAGUCCCGGCCCCUUUUCGCUCAUCAUCACUCCCAAAAGCACAGAAAGAAAGUUCCAGAUUCCAGGUCAGGAGAGGAGGACAUCUCCGUCAUUUCAUUACAUCCAUCUCCUUUCCUUUCUUUUUCAGCUCAUUUUGAUCAAAACCACAACACUCUACUUUACACAAAUCUUGCGGGAGAAGAACACCUGCUUUCUCAUCACUAUUCAUAUUUUGUCAACUCUCACUCCCUAAUUUGGAUAGGUAUUAUCAUCAUCAUCAUUACCAUCAUUUUGGUUGAGUAUAAAUGGAGAGAACCACUCCAGUGAGGAAGCCACACACAUCCACGGCAGAUCUGCUCGUUUGGUCCGAAACUCCUCCUGCUGAUUCACCGGCUAGUGUCUCUGCCACGCGCCCAUCCACUCGCGCCCAGCCGUCGGAUGGGAUCAGCAAGGUGGUGUUUGGGGGUCAAGUGACGGAUGAGGAAGCUGAGACCUUAAACAGAAGGAAACCUUGUUCAGGGUUUAAAAUGAAGGAGAUGACUGGUAAUGGCAUUUUUGCAGCGGGUGGAGAAAAUGAUAUAUCAGAAGCUGAAGGUACCAAUCCAACUCCAAAUAAUAGAACAGGGAUACGUAUGUAUCAGCAAGCGAUUGCUGGAGUCAGUCAUAUCUCAUUUAGUGAGGAAGAUAGUGUUUCUCCCAAGAAGCCUACUACUAUACCUGCGGUGGCUAAGCAGCGUGAGCUAAGUGGGACACUAGAAAGAGAGGCAGACGCAAAGUUGCAAAAGCAGAUUUCUGAAUCUAAGUGCAAGGAGCUUAGUGGGCAUGAUAUCUUUGCACCCCCUCCUCAAAUUUUACCACGGCCAGCUGUGCGCUCCUUGGCUUUGAAGGAAAAUUUCAACUUGGGAGAACCUGCUGCACAAAAUAGCAAUAACAUGUAUAGUGACGAAAAUGGAAUGAAGACGGCAAAGAAGAUCUAUGACAAGAAAUUCACUGAGCUUUCUGGAAACAACAUAUUCAAGGGUGAUGUUUCUCCAUUAUCUGCUGAGAAGCCACUGAGUAUGGCAAAACUGCUAGAGAUGAGUGGCAGUGACAUCUUUGCUGAUGGGAAGGUUGAGUCUAGAGACUAUCUGGGUGGAGUACGCAAGCCUCCCGGUGGCGAGAGCAGCAUUGCUUUGGUUUAACUUGUUAGUCUAACAUGGUAUUUUGUAUACUUUACGCCUGGUUUUGUGUUAUUCCCAGUAGUGGUGGUGUGAUUAUAUUAUUAGACAUUGCAUAGUGGGUCUUGGGAAAUCUUGUUCUAGGUUUUGACAUGUUGCCAGAGCUAUGGACAGUCUGCUAAUUGGGUUUGUAUGUCCAUAAUCUUGUGCUUUUCAGAACUUGUUCUAGUGAAAUUUAUGGUACUCUUCUGCAGGUUUAAUUUUA